GGCAUUUUGGGUACGACAUGCAUCCUUUUUUUUUUUUGACCUGAUUGACCGACUUUUGUUACUCGUACCUUUUCGUUCACUUUACCUCUAGAGAGACACACCGCAUACCAAACUACCAUAUACACCUUACCCGAACUGGCUUUUCUAACCGCCUUUUCUGCCGGACGAUUGUGACUGUCGUUGUGUCGUAGCAAAGAAAGAGCAUCCAUCUCUUUCUCGUCACACACCGCGACACAACAUACACAUACAACCAAAUCCUCUAGCACGGAGAACCUGGCCUGGACUUGGGGUCCAACUUAUCUACUGUGGUUUAAUGCUUAACAGCAAACCAAAGUCAAGUCUUCUCAGCAUUUGAGUUGAAUCCCAUCCAUCCUUUAUUCCUCUCCAAGCAUUCCAAUUCCAAACAAAAGAAAACACUUACUCCUGUCCCUAAUCUUUCUAGACCUGCGCAGAUCUGACACCCUCAGCAUUCCUAUCGCUAGGCAGAUUGAAUCUCGUUUAGACCGGAUUUUCUUUUUCAAGGCACUCAUCCAAAAGCUUUCCAUCCUCGCGCGCGCAUUCCAAUCCGAACCUCCAAGCAUUGCGACGACAAAGACGACGACGAACGACGGUAAAGGACUGGGCUAACCUACUUUGCUUGGCCCAUUCCGACUCAUCAGCCUCGCUCGUACAACAAGAGUGUCUUUUGAGUCGCAUUCCAGCGCCUGGCUGAGCAACCAUUCAACGCCCGACCGUCUCUCCAUUCUAGGAGGACGGGGGAUUCGGGGCUUUUGUCUGACCGUCUUUUAGUCAAGAGCGGCAGGAAACCACCAACCUAGGAGGAAAAAGAGUCGCGAUGGCCGAGGGGAAGUUUGCAGUGGGCUGGUGGCAGUUCGUGCCGUUUCUCGGCUACCACCAUGUUCUUAUGAUUCUGAUAGCAGUUGCCAUCAUAUUGUUAUCACUACUGUUAGCAGGAUGCUCGUCAUCAUCACCACUCAUACCAGACAUCUUCCUGCUAUCUUUAUAUUACCAACAAUAUACAGCGGUGCCCGAUACGUCACAAGUCGACUAUAAUGUCAACCAAGCCAUCAGCAACAUUGUCGGCAACGCACAUCUCCAGGCUCGUGUCGGAUACUUUGGAAUCUGUGUCAACGCUGAUGGUGGCUCGUGGCUGUGCUCCAACAACGCCACCGCACUCGCCCGCGAGAUCUCGGUCGACCAAGAUCCGCUUAACCUGAUCUGGCUGGCAAGCCAGUUUAAAGACAUGAUUGUCUUUCCCUACCUGAUAAUCAUCGCCAUCAUCUUUGCCUUCAUCUGUCUCCUUCUCCUCGCCACCUUCCCCGGCUGGCAUGAGGACACCGACAGCGAAGGCUCGGAGCGUGAGGUCAAGCCGUUUCCCUCGCGGCCGGUGAGCCAAGUCGCGUUGGCCAUCAUCUUCAUCGCGAGUAUCUUUGUCCUGGUCAGUGUCUUGUGGCAGCAUACAGCAUCGGUAGCCGCCAGUGUCAUAGCGCAGGACUUUGGAAAUGGAAGUGUUCUCAGUGGCAUCGGCACCAGCGCCAUGGUAAUGGGUUGGUUCAGUUUCACGCUCCUCAUCAUCGUCACCAUCGGCCUUCUCGUCAUGAUUCUGAGCAUACGCGUGCUCAGUCAACUGGCAGGAUGAGUCCGGUUGAUGACAUGUGAGAAACUAGUGGGGGACCAGAACCACAGUUCGCGUCGCGAAGUGAGCAGGAUGGAAGAUGAUGCGAUUUCACUAGACGACAGACUGGUGGACGAUCACGGUAUGGGAAAGAAAGAGACGGUACCACGGGACAUACAGGAAUUGUGGAGGAUGAGAACGCCGUCAACCAACCCAGCCUCUGGACUCAGAGAUGACGUGAUUAUUUGGCCGGAUAUCCACUGCGACUGGCUGGAAAGCUGCCGGGCCAGCUUUUGUUCCCUUCAGCGAUGACGACUAUAGAUUGACGACGUGACGACGAUGGGAGGGCCAGUUGGGUAUCAGGCGCCGGGUUAUCAUCUCUGGGAGAACUCUUGAUGACAAGAACGCUCAGCAAAUUGAAAAGGGAGGGAAUAUGUUUAUCUGAGUCUGUGGCUUCUUCUCGAGUCCAAGGUAUGGUUUUUUUGUUUUGACGUCGGAUUCACACCCCCCAACGGGGGGAAGAAAAAACAGCGAAUUUUUGUCUCUCUUCUCACUCAAUCACUCUUUAUUGCACCAAGCCCUCUCAAUCGGAGAAAUGUUAAUCAAAUUGCUUAUUUUUCUGUUAUCGGAUCAAUGUUUGGGAAUAUUUUGGGGGAAAAGAUUGUCAUCUGCUUAAGAUUUUUUGUAUUUGUGAAUAUUGGGCGUGAGGGUAGCCAACACAACGUUUUGCCCUCUUGACGCUUUUUUUUUUCAUUUUUUUUUUCAUGUCUUGUUUUAAUCUUAUUUCUCUCUUUUUUUUCAUCCGCCCUCUUUUUGUGUUGUUUUAUGUAGAGUCAAUUACAACCAAUUACAAUCCCA